AUGUUUAUUUUAAACCGACCAGAGAAAUUAAACGCACUGAACUUGAACAUGAUAAGAAAUAUUGGACCUCAAUUAAAAGCUUGGGAUGUAUCCAAAUUAGCUAAAGUGAUAUUGAUGAAAGGAGCUGGUCAAGGCAAAUUUAGUGUGGGUGACGAUAUUCUGGAUAUCUUGAUCAAGGCAAAGGAAAAGGAUCCAGAUGCAUUGUAUUUUUUUCAAGAUAAGUUUGCUCUUGUCCAAAUGAUUGCUACUUUACAAACACCCUAUGUCUCGGUAUUAGAUGGAUAUGCAUUGGGUGGUGCUCUGGGUUUGUUUGUACACGGUCCAUUUAGAAUCGCAACAGAAAAGACAAUAUUUGCUAUACCAGAAAUUGGACUAGGCGCCUUUUUAAAUUCAGGUUCUAGCUUUUACUUGCCUCGUUUGGAUGGUGAAAUCGGUACCUAUCUUGCCUUGACAGGUCAACGAUUACAAGGCAUCGAUACAUUUUUCACAGGCAUUGCUACUCAUUACAUUCCUUCUUCGAGAUUAGCGGCUUUAGAAGAUCGAUUGAUUGAUCUUGAAACUUCGGAACAUGAGAUUAUCCAACGAGUGUUAGAGAAAUUUGUCGAUAAGAAGCCAGUAUCCAAAAUUGGAUUCCCGGCUGAUAUACGACAAGCUAUCGACAGAUGCUUUAAAUUUAAUACAGUGGAAGAAAUCGUCUCAGCUUUGGAUAAUGAGAAACCUUCAGCAUGGAGCCGAGAAACUAAGCAACGUUUAUUGUCAGUGUCACCCACAAGUUUGAAAGUGACGCUUAAAUCAUUAAGAAAGGGUAAAAGCAUGUCACUGGUUGAAUGCCUUGUGAUGGAGUUUGAUUUGAUCCAGAAAUUCUUGGUGACCAAAGAUUUCCAUGAAGGCGUUGAAGCUGCCUUUUUAGAGAAGCCUAGAAGAAAACCACAAUGGCAACCACCUCAGUUAGCUGGUAUUACCGAGGAGGAUAUUGAUCAAUUGUAUUUCUUGGAACCUUCACCCAAUACUCUCUCAUUACCUUCAAAAUUGGAUUUGCGACAAUAUCCUUUUGCAAGAUUUGGUCUGCCUACACAAGAAGAAGUCAGGCUGGCUGUGACAGGUGAAGGUGCUGAAUUCCAAAUGGAAGGCAGAUUAAAAGAACAAGACGAGAUCAUAUCCUGGUUUGAAAACGGCCACAAGAAUAAAUGGGGUGUCAAGGAAAAAGUCAUGGAUAUAUUGGAUCGUAAAGCUGUAGCUACGGUGGAAGAAGGUCUUGUCUGGAAGAAAUAA